AUGAGCUUUGGUCCCAGUAUAUUUUCUAAUUACUCUCCAGCAGAGGCCGAUUGGGGAAUCGAAGAGUAUCUCCCCAGAGGCCGCUUCAACUCUGUAACUGGUAGUGAUUUCUCACAUCUGCGACUCCGAGAACAGCCCCGUAUCAGUUCAUUGGGUCACAGCGAGUAUCAAGAGAGCUUGAGAGGAUCGCCUGCAUUGGCUGCAACGACAGAAAAUUUCCACAAGUACAUUGACAAAUACUUGUCUGUCAAAUCACUCCGAGACUUGAUUCUGGACAAAUUCAAGUACAAUCUCGUGGUGUCGAAUCUCCUAGAUGAAUCAUUGGUUCUUUCCAAAAAUGAGCAGGCUCUCACUAAUUUGCGUAGACUUCAAAACGAGGAGAAGGACAGUUCUUUCAUAGAAAGCUAUGGUGAUGAGUUCCUACUGCUCCGAGUGUUCCUGAAACUGUAUAAACUUGUCUCUUCCCAGUCGUUGUCCAAUCCUUGUGUGCUUCUCAAUACGAUCUCGAUGAUGAUAUUCCUAUUCAAACAAAAUUUCAAAUUGUCCUCACAGCUAUCUCACAACACAAAAAUACGGUUAUUCCGGUUUCUUCUCAUAGUUUCUACGAAGAUCAUCCAACACAAGCGAAUUUGGGCAGCCAUAGAGGCUUCUAAAACACUCCGAAAUCUCGAUGAGUUCAUGAUUACAAGUUGCCAAAUCAAUAAAGCAAUAAUUACAAAUGUAUUGAGCAUUAAAGAGUUUGACAUGUUUGCCUGUCUCAAUCGACCAGAAGCUCUGACGAUCCUGGCGCCACCUCAAGAAUAUUCGUCAGAUUUAAAAAGUCACCUCAACACUAUUCUCGACAAUCUCAUGAUCAACUUCAAAUUCUCUAUCAGAGAACUUCUACCUUUUUCCAACGGGGAGAUUUUGGAAAAGUACUGUGAAAUUAAUAAUAUUCCCUUAGGAACAAUCACCCAAUUACCAAUGCAACCAGAGGACUUGAAUCUUGAAUACUUAACUUCUAAACUAUCGGCGUUCAAUGGUUUGAGAAGGUUUUUUGUAUGCCAAUUACUAACCAUUCAUGACCCACAUUCUCACAACUUCUUCAUUUUAAAAUUAUGCGACCACUUCAAUGUGAGUUUGGAGAAAUUUCCAAAAUUUAUCUCUUCCUCAUGCAAAAUGAGGGCUCUCUGCAAAAUUUUUUCUGAGCAGAUCUCGACUGCCAAACGACUUUUGGCCCACAAUACCCAGUUCAAAGCUUUACAAUCUGUGAAUCAAACAGUGGACUUUGUAAAUGACGAUAUAUUAUCAACGAAUACUGACGGACGAAGCGGAAAAUUCCAAGAAGAUUACUCCUUCAAUGAUUCAGAUCUACCCUUGAGUCAAUUAAUUGAUAAGCUACAAAACUUGACUACGAGCUUGAAGUAUUUUAAAAAGUACAAAAAUUCAAUUGCAAACAACAGCAGCGCCGAGGAACAUGAGGAAAAAAUAUCUAUUUUCGAGCUGUUCGGCUCCGAACUUAAAGGAAUGAUGAGUGUGUAUCAGUCUUGUAUGAAUGACUUGAGUCACGAAUUUACUUUGAAAUUUCAGGGUGACACGAGCCCGUCGACUCGCUCGAGCUCAAACAGAAAUUCUGCUAAUCAUGAACAAUUUAAUCCAAAGGUAUUUCAUACCUCUUCUCGCUCCUCAAGAAGGCAUGUCUCGCAGCCAGGUACUUUGACAGAGCUGGACCUCAUCAAUUGCCCAGAUAAGAGGCUGAAAAGACUAUCCGUGGGGUUGCAGUUGGGCUUAUUAACUGUUCUUGAAGAACCUAACAAAAAAUUAGGCACGGGCGAGGUUUCCAGACACCAAUCGGAAGCUUCGCUGAGAAUUCAGCUGCCGCUUCUUAAUGAGGCAUACAAUGCGCGGGCGUUUGACGCACUUACACGAAAGCAGGAUAUCAAGUCUAAUCGUUACUCGAUGUAUUCGCUCAACUCCAAUGUAUCAGGUAUCUCAGAUCUAAUUGCUUCUACGAAUUUAACUACAGAAAAUGGAUCUCCCGAUGUCUCACGAUUCAAUGAAGAAAACUCUGACCAUAUGUCUAAAUCUCAACUCAAGGAGAGAUUGGAGGAGAGUUAUUCGAGGAUGUUCAGCGGAGAUACUCGUCAUCACUCAGGAGAUGUUGACAAAAAUGAAGGCAACAUGCAUUUCCGAGAGGAAGCUGCAGACUCUAAUGAUUAUUAUUCGUCAGGCAUCACACAAAACAAAGAAUUUUUGACCGAUCUAGAGAACACACUCGCUACGAAAACCUCUUCCCCAUAA